CCCAUCCACCCUUUUCAAGGAACUUUGUGUAGUUCGAACGGGAAAUGGACAGUUCGCAACAUUCUUCAGAAAGUGUGCGUGGACACCUUUAUGCCCCCAGAAGCUCUCACGUAUUUUGAAGAAAAUGAACUCGCCAUCAUCAUCAAAGCAGUGGAAGAGCUGAAGAACUCGUUGGUUAUUGGGGACCGUGAACUAGUCUUCAUAGACGAAGCAAAUAAAGGCGAUCGACCACUGGGGGACCCGAUUCUGAGGGCAAAGAUUGAAGAAGGGACUUCAAAAAUUUGCAAAUUGGAGGAAGACCUGCAUCAGGCCUCGCUUCGUGAACAAAAGUUGCUCAAAGAGUUGGAGGAUGAGAAAAAAGCUCACAAUGAGACAAAAAAAAGUUGACGGCGGUGAAAAGAGAACGAGCCUUGUUGCUGCGUGCAAAUUCUGAAAAGAGGAAUGAGAACCGUGUUCCCCUCUCAAACGCCACCAACUCACCGGUGAAGAGGAAG